GCUUCCAAGGUAACCUUAAUGGAUUUAGGUGGCCCAAAACGACAAUCACAGUUGCCGUUUUAUCAGUCAAUCCUAUUUGUUUUAUGCUUCUACUGUUCCGAAUGGGUUUAAAGCAAUAUAUUCAGAGGCGCCGCUGCGGUGUUCUUUGCAUAUGUUGGAUUUGAUGCCAUUGCUAAUUCAGCUGAAGAAUCAAGGAAGCCUCAGGAAUCUUGGGAAGCUUGCUUAUAUGUGCUGGAUUAUACGUUGGAGUUUGCUUGGUGAACAACGGAAAGAAUUCCUUUUGCUUCUUUUUGGCUAAAUUUUUACAAAAAAAAAAAAAAGAAAAAACAAUUACUCUUGCUUUUGUUAAACAGAAAUGAAAAAGGAUAAAGAGUAUAAAAGCAGUUUCACAGAAGCAAAACGAUGGUGAAAUGGGCUUCCAACGCAGGGUAAAUGGGCUAAGAUAGCCCAAAACGACUUUAAAUAUAGUCCAUUUCACCAAAAUGACUGAGAAAAACCCGACGUCCCAAAACGACUUAAAAAUCAUCAAUUUAUUGCGUUUGCUUCAUAUUAUCAUCAUGAUCGCCAUUUCCCGCUUUGCCAUUUUUCCUGAACUGUUCCUAAAUUUCAGUAUUAUGCGUUUGCUUCAUAUUACUUUUCAAUUGCAGAAAACUACUCAUUACAUGCGCCUUUAUUUCAUCCAGUUUCUGUUUAGAUUUGUGUUUGCUUUCGAACAAUUGAAAUGGAAAAAGGAAGAGAGUAUAUCAGCACUUUAGUCAAGAAUAAAUCUGGAACUAGAAUACGUGUUCGAUUAAGUCGAAUUUGGAAUGCAGGUACUGAUGCUAAGGAUGAGAAAGAUUUGGGUCUUGAUGCUGUGGCAAUAGAUGAGAAGAUCUAUUGGUGUUUUGACCAAAAUUGAUGAUAUGGAGGUAGGCUAUAGUGCGUGAGGAUCAAAAUUAUCAUGUAAAAUUUGGUUGAUGGAUUUUGAAGAAGCAGAAUUUUCUAUUAGUCUAUGGGGAAAAGCAAAGCAGCAAAUACGAGAGUUAAAACUUUGGGAGAAGGAUUCAACACAAAUUGUUAUCAUUACCUCUUUAGCUACUAAACAAUUUGAUGGUUUGGUAGCUUCAAUAUUCAAUUUCAAUUACUUACUAGAAAAUUUGAGCUGGUUGAAGAAACUUCAGAGACUGUGUCUUCUAUCAGAAAAACAAUAUCAGAUUUGAUACAAACUUUUUUGUUAGAAGUUGAAUAUUGGCUGUGUUUAAUUGGGAAAUAAAUAGGGGUUGUUAUUUGCUAUAUUUUCAUAUAAAACCUAAUUUUGUUUUAUCAUAUUAGUUUCAUUAUGAAUUUCAAAUUGCUAUUGCACUUUAUUUUAUACUAAAUUGAUGUUUGGUAGAAGCCUUGGUGAAAAAAUAUUGGUUUUUGCGUCAUGCUUGCCUGCUGAGGUAACAAAGAGAAAGAGAAUUUGAAAUAUGAAUUUUUGGCUUCUUUUCUCUUUAGGAAAGACUUUAGAAAGGACAGCUUUCAUCUUUCUAAGGAAAGACUUUAGAAAGGACAGCUUUCAUCUUUCUAAGGUCUAUAAAAAUGGAAAAGCAUAGGAUUGAAGUGUACAAUUCUUUCUGUUUUCAGUGUUGGCUGUGUUUAAUUGGGAAAUAAACAGGGGUUGUUAUUUGCUAUAUCUUCAUAUAAAACCUAAUUUUGUUUUACCAUAUUAGUUUCAUUAUGAAUUUCAAAUUGCUAUUGCACUUUAUUUUAUACUAAAUUGAUGUUUGGUAGAAGCCUUGGUGAAAAAUAUUUGUUUUUGCGUCAUUGUUGCUUGCUGAGGAAAGACUUCAAAAAGGACAGGUUUGAUCUUUCUAAAGUCUAUAAAAAUGGAAAAGUAUAGGAUUGAAGUGUAUAAUUCUUUUUGUUUUGAUCAUGUAUUUACACUUAAUGUGAAACAACUUCUGUAAUUGUAUUUUUUUAAUGUUAAAAUUUUAUCUCCACUUUAAUGUUUAAAAUGAUCUAAUGAAUGUCACAUAAAUUUUCAAAACUGUAUAGCCAGGCCAAAGGUUUCAAGUUGAAGCAAAAGUUGUUAGCUUUGACGUAGAUUCUGGUUGGUUUUACACAGCCUGUAAAUAAUGCACCAGGAAACUUCCUCCUGCUUACACUGGUCGAGGAUGUCGAGUUUGUAAUACUCCACAGUCUGAAUCAAUGAUUUGGUAUCAUUUGAAGACCAUAGUACAAGAUGAGACUAGCUCAACUACUUUUAUUAUCUUUGGUACAAAAG